AUGGCCAGGAAGAGACAGAAAUUAGGAGCAGAUGAUGGUCAGGUGCCUUCAGGUGCUUCUGCAGUGCCUUCGGGUGGUUUUCAGGUGCCUCCUCCAGGUGCUUUUAUCGUGCCCUCUGGUGGGUUCGAGGUGCCUUCAGCACACGUCCCUUCUCAGUCCCAGCCAAAAAUCCCCGCCCAGGAAUGCGCCGAGAAGGAGCCGUUAGUGUGGACAAGAGGAGGAGGCGGAUUGCAGGAGGAUGGUUGGAAUGGUGGGAAGAAUGGGAAGGAUGGACAGAAGAGAGCUAUGCAGUUUCCGGCAUGGGAGGAGGCUUUGAUGAAUGGAAACCGCGGCAUGCCUCUUGCAUGGAUGCUGCAGCCACUGGAACGCAUGGUUCUGUUUCCUUUCUCCGGAUGCAGGGAAAUGAGCCGUGGGGCAGACGGAGAAGGCAGGGGGGGUAUUGACAGGAGGAGGGGCGCGGCCAGUAUCAGUGGGGGCAAUGACAGGAGGAGGGGAGGGGACAGCAGUGGGGGCAUUGACAGGAGGAGGGGCGGGGACAGCAGUGGGAGCGAGCUGCUGAGUCAGGAGGGCAAGAGGAGCUGGGUGCAGUGGUGCUUGCCUCCCCCUCGGGAUGACUACCGUGACAAGGAGUUCAUUCAGAUCGAACGAGGCCCGCAAGCCCUUCACCAGGCCUUCAUUCAAAUCCUCUCUGCCGACCCAACAGCUCUCCGGACUGGAGGCCUGGACGUCCGGUUCACAGGCGAGGGCGGAGCCGCAGGUCCGGGAGUGCUUCGGGAGUUCUUCGCCUUCGUUCGGGCGCACCUCUUCGACCCGAACCUGGGCCUCUUCGCUCCUGUACCUCACGACCCGAGCCGGUUCUCCCUCUCCCUGGCGUCCCGAGCCAACCCUGCCGAAGCUAAGGAGUACCUUCGGUUUGCCGGACGUAUCCUGGCGCUUGCUUUGGCACAUCAGGUUCCGUUAGGAGUGAAGCUGUCCCGGUCCCUGUUUGCAUUGCUUGCUGCUCGCACUCCCUCGCUUGCUGAUGCUGCUGAUGAUGAUCCGCAGCUUGUUGCUAGCUGUCGGUCGUUGUUGGUUAUGGCUGAAAGGGAGAGGAAAAAAGCAGCAAAAGGAACAGGUGGAGAAGCAGAGGAAGAGGAAGGAGGAGGAGCAGGAGGAGGAGAAGGAGGAGGAGUAGAAUCACUGUGUCUCACCUUUGUGGCUUCAGUAGAGGAUCCGAUGGGUGGCCCACCAAUCGAAGCAGAGCUUGUGCCAGGUGGCAGCGAGCGAGUGGUCGGUGCGGAUGACGUGGCCGAGUUUGUGCAGCGGAUGGUGCAGUUUAGAGUGUGCGGGGUGGUGGAGGAGGAGGGAGAGGCGUUGCGGCGAGGCAUGGAGGAUAUAUUGGGGAGCGGAGGAGGGAGGGAUGUGGUUUUAGGGGAGGGGAAUACGGUGGAUGGAAGGGAAGGGAUGGAAGGGAAAGGAGGGAUGGAAGGAAGUGUACGGGUUCAGAGAGGGUUGGGAGGUGGUGUUGGAAGAGGUGACAUGGAAGGAGGCGAUGGGCUGCAGAUGGCAAUCCAGAAAAGUGAUGAUUGUUGCAUUGAUUCGGUUGAAGGCGUGAGUCUCGCGGCCAUGCUCGCUCCCCUCUCAUGCGACGACCUCAAUCUGCUUCUCCAUGGGGAGGACCGCCACGUGGCGGUCUCUGAUUGGCAGGCGCACACUGUCUACCACGGGUAUUCUCCGGAAGAUCCCCACGUUUUGUGGUUUUGGGAAGUUGUGGAGUCGCUUUCGGGUGAGCAGCGGAAGUCUCUGCUGUUUUUUGCGACGGCUGUUUCGAAUCUGCCCGUGAACGGAUUCAGGGGGCUGGCGAUGGGGUUUCAUUUGCAUCGGGCGGAUGUGGAUCUUUCGCGCCUGCCCACUGCUCACACGUGCUUCCACCAGUUCCUCCUGCCGCCGUAUGAGAGCAUUGAGACAAUGCGCAUGCGUUUGCUCACUCUCAAUCGGAUUCUCGACUCGAGCCUCUCGCCGUACUACGGCAUUCGCCUUCACCACACCACAUUCGCCAUCACCAUGGCGGCGGCGGCGGGGUCAUUCGUUUUCUCCCCGGCUCUUCGCCUCGCGUUCGUCCUGCUCCUCGUCUCCGGCGCGCUUCGACCGGCCGAAUCGGAGUGGAUCGGGGAAUCCGGCGGUCCGAGGAAGAGCGUGGCCCUCACGCGCCCCGCACACGCACAGCUCUUGCUACGCAGACAGCAGCAGCAGCAGCAGCAGCAGCGGCCCGCAACCACCGUCGUUCGCGGCGGCCCGGGCGGCGACGCGACCCUAAACCCUAAACCGCUCGUCCGCUCCGCCGCAUCUGACGGCUUCUCCGCAUCUGACGGCCUCUCCGCGUCUGACGGCGCCUUCCACGGCGCCACCACAACCGCCAGCACCGCGGCCGACAACGUGACGAUCAAGUACCACGGCGGGCCGGUGGUGGUGGGCAAUCCGACGGUCAACAUUUACCACAUCUACUACGGCAGCUGGGGGGCGGGAUCGGGCAGGGAAAUCAUUGACGCGUUCGUGCAGGCGCUGAGCAGCGACUCGGGCAGCCAGGGCGGCGCGGGGGACGCGAGCGUGAAGGGGUGGUGGGCCAUCACGGCCGCGUACUACCAGUCUGGCGCCGACGGGAAGAAGAACAUUAGCUCCAAGUGCACCUUCCAUGCGUUGAAUCACCUUCUCCUGCUUGAUAUCACCUCUCUCCCUUCACCCGCCGGCACGCUCCAGUACAUGCACGCUCGCUGUCUUACCCUACUCUCCGCCCUCCCCUCCCGGGGCCUCCACCUGCCUCUCCGCCACCCGUGCAGUUGUGAAGAGCCAGUCGUGAAGAGCUAUGUGGGGCCGGGCAAGCCCUUUGCGCUAGAUCCUCACGGCAUCUACGUGCUGUUUACCAGCGCAGAUGUCGUGUUUGGGGACUUUUGCAAGAAGUACUGCGGCUUUCACACCCAAGACUCGCUCAACUCCACCCCUCUGCGCUUUGCCUUUGUGGGGCACCACGGGCAGUGCCCCAACUCGUGCGGGGUAAGGGGCACGUCACCCAACGGCAACACUGCCAUCGAUGCUAUGAUUACCACACUUGCGCAUGAGAUCACCGAAACUGCCACAAACCCGGACGUGAGUACGGGGUGGUUCGUUGACGAGGGCGGGGAGAACGGUGACAAGUGCGCGUGGAAUUUCGGCAGCACCAAGACCGGAUCCCUGCAGAACGGCCAGAGCUACGAGUACAACCUGGUGGGGCUGAAUGGGAGGAAGUUCCUGCUGGAGGCAGCGUGA